AUGCCAGAAUUAUCAAACUACCAACGUCUAGAAAAAGUUGGUGAAGGUACUUAUGGUGUUGUCUAUAAGGCACUUGAUACUAAACACAAUAAUAGAGUGGUGGCAUUGAAAAAAAUUCGUUUGGAAUCAGAAGAUGAAGGUGUUCCAUCUACCGCUAUAAGAGAAAUCUCAUUGUUAAAAGAAAUGAGAGAUGAAAACACCGUUAGAUUAUAUGAUAUCAUUCAUUCAGAUUCUCAUAAAUUAUAUUUAGUGUUUGAAUUCUUGGACUUAGAUUUGAAGAAAUAUAUGGAAUCAAUCCCUGCAGGUGUUGGUUUAGGUGCUGAUAUGAUCAAAAGAUUCAUGAUGCAAUUAGUUAAAGGUACUGCAUAUUGUCAUGGUCAUAGAAUUUUACACAGAGAUUUGAAACCUCAAAAUUUAUUAAUCAAUAAAGAAGGUAAUUUGAAAUUGGCAGAUUUUGGGCUAGCUAGAGCUUUUGGUGUUCCUUUAAGAGCUUAUACCCAUGAAGUUGUUACAUUAUGGUAUAGAGCUCCAGAAAUCUUAUUAGGUGGUAAACAAUAUUCUACUGGCGUUGAUAUCUGGUCUAUUGGUUGUAUCUUUGCAGAAAUGGUUAACCGUAAACCUUUAUUUGCUGGUGAUUCAGAAAUUGAUCAAAUCUUUAGAAUUUUCAGAAUAUUGGGAACACCAAAUGAAGAAGUUUGGCCAGAUGUUACUUAUUUACCAGAUUUUAAACCAACAUUCCCUAAAUGGAAUAGAAAAGAUAUACAACAAGCUGUUCCUUCUUUAGACCCUGCUGGUAUUGAUUUAUUAGAAAGUAUGUUGGUUUAUGAUCCUGCUGCUCGUAUCUCUGCUAAACGUGCUUUAACACAUCCUUAUUUCAUGGAAGAUAACGUUGUUCCUGAAUAUCGUCAACAAGAAUCAGUUCCAAUGGGAGCUUCAGUAUUUGCUUAA